AUGGCUCCUGGUGAGCCGGAACCCGUUCUCAAAACUCACCAUCCAGUCCUCGCCCCCCGGCCGCUAGGUCAGGGUGCCUUUAGCCCUAGAGCCAGGGCUGCAUUGGAAUACCAACAAGGCGGCAUAGCUCAAAGACUUGAGAGGCAUAAAGGAGGAAGCCGUGUGACCACUCGCGUACGAAUCGCCUGCCAGCAUUGCCGGCAGUCCAAGUUGCGUUGUGAAGGCUCGUCCGGCGGACUUCACUCAUGCCAACGUUGUAGCGAGCUUAAGCGGCCAUGUGUAUUUGACAACAAAUUUAGGCGAGUUAGCAAGAAGGCAACUCUCAGUGAUAUUGUUGAUCAAGUCAACCUUCUCAAGAAUUUUAGUGCGCCGCCCCUUAAUGAUGCCACACUGAGUACAUUUCCGGCGUCCUCAUCACUACCACAACAGAGGACAGCAGUAAACUCAACAAAUGUCGGGAGCCAGCGGCUCCUAGAUGAUUGUCAGAGGCCCUUCCCAGGAGAUAAUUUAGAUCCUGAUCGAUUUGGCGAGAGAGAAAGCUCUCGUAGUAACACCACCACCUCUAAUCAUGGUGAACUAUCAGCACAGGCUACGCAUGUACGCUUGAGCUCACGAAAUCUUGAGUCUGUCGAACUCACUCCAGAUGAGAUCGAGUCCUACUUUGAAAUAUUUCGCACUUCCUAUCACCCAAUCUUCCCCAUCCUCUCCUUCCCUGUCUCGCCAGGUUGUAUUUACGACUCCUCCCCGCUACUCUUCUGGACCAUCAUCGUCACAGCUGCCCGCCAUGACGCUGCAGACUUUUCGCUAUUGCUAUCCCUUUUACCCGCAGUCAGACGGCUGCUCUGGUCCACAAUCCCAGCCACCCCCCAUACACUGCCAUCGCUGCAAGCCAUGGCAAUCCUAUGUCUGUGGGGUUUCCCCGUGUCUACUAUGCCCGAGGACACUACGUUUAUACUGUCGGGGAUUCUCAAAUCAGCAGCAAUGCAUGUAGGGCUUCAUCGACCCGAUAUUCUUGACCUGUAUUCUAGAACUCGGUCCAAACUCGGUAGACCAGAGCUUUUACGGGCUGUUAGGUGUUGGUGCUCCAUAUAUCUCGCUAUCGAAGGUGCAUCAAUAGGCAACGGCCACCUUCCCGCCCUCCCAAAUGAUCAUACCGUCGAGAAAGCCUCAAUGGACUCGAAUCCCUAUGAGCUGCCGGAAUCGUUGCACAUGGCUAUCGUAACUCAGUUGUUCUGCGACAGUAUACACGCAGCAUUCGGACACGUUACCACCUACAAGAUUUCUUUAAUUGACGACCACGAGUCCCAAUUAAGGGAGCUCGAAACCAGGCUGGGUACUUUCAAAUCUCGAUUGGCAUCUAUUCAUUUUCUCGCGGCGAGCUUUCAGCUUAAGUCAUAUUCUUUAUUUGACGAUGAUGAUUCAGUUGAUCGGAGGCUUGCUGUCUUGAGAGCGUUUGACUUGGGCGUUCAGUAUAUUGAGGUCCUUCGACAAGCAGAGAAAGAUGGCUUUCCGCCACGCUAUGCUCCAUUCAUGACUCUAAGGAUCUGUCUUUCUGCGGCCGUCUUCAUAUCCAAAGUAAUACAUUCCAGCUACGGCAAGUUUGUCGAUCAAAGGGUGGGCAAAGCUGCCUUUAGCGCGUGCAUACCGUUCUUCAAGCAGUCCUCUGUGGAGGAUAACGAUAUGGCUGGCCGCACCACGACAAUAUUGUCCCAGUUGUGGGUGAUACACAAAGAUCUCUUCGAUGCUUCGUCAGACACCCCGCCACGCCUUUCAGUCAAGUCACGCUCCUUUGCUAGCAUUGCCCACGAUGGACUCUGGCAAUGGCGAGAGAGGUACGCAGGUACACCCAGCAACGGGGCGCCUAGUAUCCCGCCACCCCUUAUCUCUCCCGUCUCAAUGGCAGUCGACGAUUCGCCCCCUGCUGUAGGGCGUGUAGACACCCCUCCAACCGGCAAUGUCGAGCGAUCGGAUUCCAGUAACUUAACUGGACAAGAUGAGGAUGGCUUCACUGAUAUCAAUGCCAUAUACACGAACAACCAACAGCAGAUAACGAUCCAGCAACAGGAGCCCUCGCCUGGCUUAUCUCUUUUUGGUGAGCCUGAGCUUGCAUCGUGGGCUGACAUGCCUGGAAAUGACGACGCAUUGACAGGCAUUGAUUUUGUCGACGAAAAUGCCAUGCACUUGGAUUUGUUAUUUCCAAGUUAUAUCAUGGAUUCAAACCCAACUAUUGAGUAA